GCCGCAGCCGCAGCCGCUGCCGCCGGAGCCCGGGAUGGGGCGAGAGGCUGCGGCGGACGCCAGCAUCUCCCCGCCGGGGGCCCCGGGGGCCGCGGAGCCGCCGCCGCCGCUGCUGCCGCCGCUGCUGAGACCCAGCGGGCGAUGGGAUGAAGAUGAGACGCUACAAGCUGUUUCUCAUGUUCUGUAUGGCCGGCCUGUGCCUCAUCUCCUUCCUGCACUUCUUUAAGACCCUGUCCUAUGUCACCUUCCCCAGAGAACUGGCCUCCCUCAGCCCUAACCUCGUGUCCAGCUUCUUCUGGAACAAUGCCCCCGUCACACCCCAGGCCAGCCCAGAACCUGGGGGCCCCGACCUGCUGCGUACCCCACUGUAUUCCCACUCACCCCUGCUCCAGCCACUGUCGCCAAGCAAGGCCACCGAGGAACUGCACCGGAUGGACUUUGUGCUGCCAGAGGAUACCAUUGAGUAUUUCGUCCGCACCAAAGCUGGGGGUGUCUGCUUCAAACCAGGUACCAAGAUGCUGGAGAAGCCCCCAGCGGGGAGGCCUGAGGAGAAAGCGGAGGGGGGCUCAUCUGCCAGGGGUCCGGCCCGGCACCUGCUGAGCGCCCGGGAGCGCCCUGGGGGACGGGGUGCGCGGCGCAAGUGGGUGGAGUGCGUGUGCCUCCCAGGCUGGCACGGGCCCAGCUGCGGCGUACCCACCGUGGUGCAGUACUCCAACCUGCCCACCAAGGAGCGCCUGGUGCCCAGGGAGGUGCCGCGGCGGGUCAUCAAUGCCAUCAACAUCAAUCACGAGUUCGACCUGCUGGACGUGCGCUUCCACGAGCUGGGCGACGUGGUGGACGCCUUCGUGGUGUGCGAGUCCAACUUCACGGCCUACGGGGAGCCGCGGCCGCUCAAGUUCCGGGAGAUGCUGACCAACGGCACGUUCGAGUACAUCCGGCACAAGGUGCUUUACGUCUUCCUGGACCACUUCCCGCCGGGAGGGCGGCAGGACGGCUGGAUCGCCGACGACUACCUGCGCACCUUCCUGACGCAGGACGGCGUGGCGCGCCUGCGCAACCUGCGGCCCGACGACGUCUUCAUCAUCAACGACGCCGACGAGAUCCCCGCGCGCGACGGCGUGCUCUUCCUCAAGCUCUACGAUGGCUGGACGGAGCCCUUCGCCUUCCACAUGCGCAAGUCGCUGUACGGCUUCUUCUGGAAGCAGCCGGGCACCCUGGAGGUGGUGUCGGGCUGCACGGUGGACAUGCUGCAGUCGGUGUACGGGCUGGACGGCAUCCGCCUGCGCCGCCGCCAGUACUACACCAUGCCCAACUUCCGGCAGUACGAGAACCGCACCGGCCACAUCCUGGUGCAGUGGUCGCUGGGCAGCCCCCUGCACUUCUCCGGCUGGCACUGCUCCUGGUGCUUCACGCCCGAGGGCAUCUACUUCAAGCUCGUGUCCGCGCAGAACGGCGACUUCCCCCGCUGGGGUGACUACGAGGACAAACGGGACCUCAAUUACAUCCGGAGCUUGAUCCGCACCGGGGGCUGGUUCGACGGCACGCAGCAGGAGUACCCGCCGGCUGACCCCAGCGAACACAUGUAUGCUCCUAAGUACCUGCUGCAGAACUACAACCAGUUCCGCUACCUGCUGGACAAUCCCUACCAGGAGCUCAAGAGCACGGCGGAAGGUGGGCGGCGGAACAAGAGUCCCGAGGGAAGGCCACCCGCCAGGGCCAAGUUGGAAGUGGUGGAAGGCUAAGAGUGCAUGAUCUUACAGGGCCAGUGACAGGGCGGCGGCGGCUGUUAUCUUCCUGCCUCCUCCUGCCCUCUGGUGGAUUCUGGAGAGGACCAGGAGAGGAUGGGUGGGGGAGCCUUCCCUAUCAAGUCCAUGUGAAUUGGGAGUCAGGCCUGUGAGCUCAAAAACAUCCUUCUUUGUCAGGAAUGGGGAGCCAGGCCCCCCUGCCCACCAGGAGGUGCCAGUGGAGAGUGCAUGAUGGUUACUGGGGAAGCAAGGAAGGGUGGACAGCGUGGGAAGGGAGCUGCAGGAACUCCCAGUGUGGCCAUGCGGGAGCUACGGCCCAGCUGGGGAGAAGCCCACUGUUUAGCCUCCUGGGAGUUUGGACCUGUGGUGGGAAAGGGGCAUGCCAGGAGGUCCAGGGGCUCUGUAAAUAGUUGCAUUUGGGUUCAGGAGGAAGAGGGGCACCAAGAUAGGAGGGGAUGAAAACUAGCAGCCAACUUGGAGGAAGCACAGUGUCCUCAGAAGUGCUGCACUAGAGGGAGCCGAGAACGCCACCUGCUUGCCCCACAGGACACGACUGUGCUGGAUGGUACCUGUUCUUCCCAGACCCUCCUGAGCUGACAUAGGUGUGGGACCUGAGGAGGCCCAGGGAGUCUUACUUUUUAUUCUGAACCUGGCCUUGACGUUCCUUCUUACUUUUUAUAUUGCUGUCUUGUGGGCUGCCCACUCAGUCCUUACAAGGUCAGGAGUCCAGUUCUCAGGGUGGGAUGGGACCAUCAGCCAGCCUAGUAGGUCAGACCUGGGGGUGCCCCAUCACCCCUUCCUGCUGGAAUCCACAGCCCCAGCUCUCCGUGGUCUCAGGUGGAGGUACCCUUGUGCCCCUCCUUGGUGCUGAGUAGGGGCCACAAGUUUGCCCUGGGCCCAAGAGGGACAUUAAGGCCAGUUAUAUGUCAUCUCAUUUCUCUUAGUUUGCCUCAUUGGGGCAGGACAUGUAUCCAUUGGAGUAGAUUCUAAGCUGCUGUAAUUGAGAUCCUGAAAUACAGUGAUUUAAGCAAGACAGAAGCUUGUUUCUGACUUAAUGUCUAGGGGGCGAUGGUCCGGAUUGAGCAGGACAACUCUGCUUUCCUCAUACACACCUUCCCAUCCUGGGUAGAGUGGUUGCUCCAGCUGCCACCAUCAUGUGCAUCCAAGCCUAGGGGAAGCAGAGAGGCAAGGGAAGGAAGCACAUGCCCUUUCUUGGUAAGGGCAUGAGCCAGAGAUGGCACUAUCACUUCUGAUCGCAUCUUGCUGGCCAGGACACAGUCACAUGGCCACAAGCAGCUGCCGGGAAAGCCGGGCUGCCACGUACCCAGCCUCAGCUUGGGAGUCCUCUUAUGGAAGGAGGAGAGGGUGGAUACGGGGCAUAAGGAGCAUCUCUGGCACAGGGGUAGAGGGUAGAAAUGACUGUUGCAGUCAUAGGAUCCUGCUCUCACGUCCGGAGCUCUUGAACAACCUGCUCCUAUCCCUCUCACUGCCAGGCCAGAGCUGGGGUGCAGUGAGAGCCUGCAGUUAUGGGAAGGGUGAGACACCCCCUCCUCGAGGCCCCAUUGGAUACUCACCCAGUGAUGCCAGGAUGCAGAGGCUGCCUGUAGAACGGUACAUGUUUGUGCGUGUGCGUGUGUAUUUAUGGGCAUGGGUGCAUGCUUGUGUGUACUUGUACAUGUCUGUGUCGGUGUGUCCCUGUACAUAGAUGCUUGUGUGUGGAUGUGGGAGCAGGGCCUAGGCUUCUCCUUCCCUGGGACUUGGCGCCUGUGGCCACACCUGCAGCUCCCCAAAAUGACUGAGGCAGAGAGCCCUUGGGGAGCCUGGAAAGCAAGACUAAAGGGGAUGCGGAGUCCAUCUGUCUGUCUUUCAGUCCAAGGGAUGAGAAUCCUGACCUGAGGGCUAUAUACCUGAGUGCCCACUACCUCCCAUCCCUUGCUGGCCCCAACCAGAUCCUUCUACCCCAUGCCCUCCAUCCCCAGCAGGGACUUUCUCCAGGUGUCUCCUGAUGGGCCAGAAGAGGAGGUGUCCCCUUUGCCACAGCUCUGUCUAGGGAAGUGCCCUGUGUGGGCAUGGUCUGGAGAGCUAGCUGUGGCGCAGCCUCUGGUAGGCAGGCAUGAAGCAGGCUGAGGGGGUCUAUUGCUCCCAGUCCCCCUCCUGUCUAGAGGGUGCCCCAAGGGAACCCUUCCCUCGGAGUUACAGCAGUCCCCCUCUCUGAUCCCUGUUGGGGCUGAGAAGUGGCUCAGGAGGUCAGCCACUACUGCUCACCCCUGGACAGGCAGUCUCGGGGGGCUCCUGAAUCGUGCCUGAGCCCCCUCCUUGCUGGGUUCCUUACCCCAUGCCCCUGGCACCCUCCUGCUGCUGCAGGACGCCCCCUUUCCCAGGCUGGCCUCUAGUUCACGCGCUUGGGCAGGAGAAGGAAGACGGGGAGAGCUCAGACUUGCCAAGUGGAGGCCUGUCAGAGGGGUGGGGGGGCCAAGGCAUGAGGUUGAAAUUUCACAUAAUCACAUCAUACACUGGGAAUUUGGGGGUCGGGGGAGGGGGUCAGGGGAGCCCUGAGCCACUCCCCCUAUAUGAAGGGAAACCAAACUGUGAAUGUGAAUGCUGAUGCAACACUGGCCCUGUCACCAUACCUAGAUUUCUUUCCCUGGGAACACCGGCCCUAUGACCUGUAGACUCAAGGAGGCCAAGCCCACCCACAGGUCACAGUUCCCAGGGGCAGGCAUGGGAGAGCUUUGAGGGCAAAGGUGACAGUUGGGUGGGGAGACAGGACUUACCCAAGCAGAAGCCAGGGCCCUGGGAAAUGUAUAAUUUAAGGAUACCAAUAAUAGUAUUAUUAUUUUUUUUGUAAGGGAAAAUCAAUAUGUACAUUCUGAAAUCAUUUUCUCUGUAAAUGGUUGGAUUUCAUUUCACCCUUAAAGGGAUGCUUAAAGGAGAAGAUAAUAUUAAUAAUAAAAACAGCUACAAAGUCUUAA